UAAUUAUGAUAGUACAGGAAUAUUAACCUGUUGUCCAUCGACUACGCCUUUCGGCCUCGCCUUAGAAGGAUUCUCACCUUCUAUCGUUACUCACGCCGGCAUUCUCACUAGUAAAAACUCCACUAAUCCUUACGGUUUAACUUCAAUGCUUUUACUACGCUCCCCUACCGCUAGUUGGCAACAGAAAAAUAUUAACUAA